AUAAUAAUUUUUAUUUUUUAAUAUAUUUAUUAGAACAAUUAUCUGUGAAAACGUUAAAUAGUGAAUGCGCACUUUGUGUUUUUUCGAAUUCAGUGCAUGCAGAAACAAAUCAUGAUUCAAAUUCUAGCACCGAUUCUCCUCCUCCUCUUCAUUGUUUCAUACGGUUUACUGACUAGUUACUGGAACCGAAAAUCUGGAAGCAGCAAAAUCAAUCUUCCGCCUGGGAGUUUCGGAUGGCCAUUUAUCGGAGAAACUCUAUCACUGAUUCGUGCAGGUUUGAAAGGAACUCCGGAGAGAUUCGUUCAAAACCGGAUCGAGAAACACGGCAGUCCUUUAGUGUUCAAAACGUCGUUGCUUGGCCACAGUAUGGCGGUGCUGUGUGGUCCUGCCGGCAACAAAUUCCUGUUUGGAAACGAGAAUAAGCUGGUGGCGUUGUGGUGGCCGUCGUCGGUGACGGAGAUUUUCGGCAGAUGCUUGAUUACAGUCCGUGGUGAUGAAGCAAAGUGGAUGAGGAAGAUGCUGUUAUCGUAUCUAGGUCCUGAAGCUUUCGCCACUCACUAUGCUACCACCAUGGACAUCGUCACCCGUCGCCAUAUCCAAGUUCACUGGCAAGGUAAGGAGGAGGUGAACGUAUACAAAACUGUUAAGUUAUUCGCUUUUGAGCUCGCAUGUCGUUUAUUUAUGAGCCUUGAAGACCCAAACUAUAUUGCAAAACUGGGUUCCCUGUUUAACGUUUUCUUGAAAGGUGUCGGUGGUUUACCACUGGACUUCCCAGGGACACGAUUUUAUAAGUCGAAGAAGUUAGCAGACGCUAUUAGGACAGAACUAAAGGGGGUUAUCAAAGAGAGAAGGGUGGCAUUGGAAGAAGGAAAGGCAUCAUCUUCACAAGAUUUCCUGUCACAUCUGCUUACAUCUUGUGAUGAAAAUGGUAGGUUUUUAACUGAGAUGGAGAUGGCAAACAACAUCUUGUUACUACUAUUUACUGGUCAUGACACCACCACUAUAUCUAUCUCGUUAAUCAUCAAGAGUCUUGGCGAAUACCCUGAUGUUUAUGAAAAGGUGUUGAGAGAGCAAUUGGAGAUAUCAAAGGGAAAAGAAGCAGGUGAAAUGCUCACAUGGGAGGAUGUACAGAAGAUGAGAUACACUUGGAAUGUUGUAUCUGAAGUCAUGAGAAUAAAUCCGCCAGUGGUUGGAUCCUUUAGAGAGGCCAUGGUGGAUUUUGAAUACGCAGGUUAUACCAUUCCUAAAGGAUGGAAGCUAUAUUGGAGUGCUGUAACGACACAUAGAGAUGAAGCAAAUUUUCAAGACGUGACACAUUUUGAUCCAUCAAGGUUCGAGGGUGUAGGACCAAUUCCAUUCACAUAUGUUCCGUUCGGAGGGGGACCUAGGAUGUGUGUAGGGAAAGAAUUUGCACGACUAGAAAUACUUGUGUUCCUUCACAACAUCGUCACUAAUUUCAAAUGGGACUUGUUAGUGCCCAAUGAGAAAAUUAUAUAUGAUUCCAUGGCUACACCCAUAAAGGGGCUUCCUAUUCGUCUCCAUCCUCAUCAACCGUGAUGAAUGUAUGCUUUCAGCUUGAAGUUAUAAGUGUUAAAAAUUAUAAACUUAUAGCAGGCAAUGAUUACAAUUGGCUUUUACGAGAAGCUGAACUCCAUCAAUGUAUCCUUUCGCUCUCUUUCAUAUUCAAUAAGCUAAUC